GAUGAAAAAACAGCUAUUCGAAAUAAUUUCCAAAAGAAAAUGAAUGACACAUCGAUGCAAUUACUAACAAUAAAAACAUGGUUAGGUCAUUUGUAAUCUAUUGGUGUCAAAAAAUUAGCUGAAUGGAAAACUACUGAAAAAUAUAGAAUACGAAACAUUAAGGAAAUAUUUAAAAUGGUGUUUUAGACGAAAAUAUAUCAUUAGAUAAAAUCCAUUACGGUAAAAUUUUUGGCAGGUGAUUAGUUAGAAGAGCAAAGUGCACUGUUGAUAUUAAUUUUGGUUUGUAGGAAAUAGUAAUACAAAUAAUACAAAUAUAAAUUUAUUGUGACGAUCCUGGUGAGACUGAUACUCCAUUAAAUCGAAACAACAAAUCGAAACAAAUCGAAAUCAAUUAGAUUUAAAAGAAAGAUCAUCUCAAAAACUAUAUUUUAGGAAAAUUUCAUAUCAAUAUCUUUACUGGUUCCGAAAAUAUCGAAUUUUGACCGCUUAAUUUUGUGUUCUGUCACACUGUGUGUCGUGAGAACGGAUAAAUAUGCUUCAGAGAAAAAAGUAUUUGAAGCAGUAGUCGAAAGGGAAAGGCAUAAAGGCCAACCGUGGCUCCGGUUAAGAGAUCAAGUUGAAGGAGCACUAAUUCCAAAUUGAAGAAGACGUGUAAGCAGCAGAGCCACCUGGAGAGACAAACUGUGUCAGAUUGAAACUUGGUACCGGGUUGUUAUGACCAUUUAAAUAAAAUCAAAAAUGAUUGAAUUGUGAUAAUAAAGUGAGGUAUUUUCUGCGAUCACUUAUAGCAAUAAACGCUAAAUAAAAGUGAAAAAUUGCAAAUAGACAUAAUUGAAUGAUUAUUUGCUACCAACGGAAAAUUGAUUGCGCAUACAACUGGCACGUUAGCACCAAUCAAUAUAAUUCAGCUUCAAUUCAAGCUCCAGCUUCAGCUUCAUAUAUCCAUGACGAAACCACAACAUAACAGAAACACUACUUCAAGUCAUUUUGGAUGAAACAAAUAUUGUUGUUGCAAACACAAGAACAAAGCACAGUUACAAAACAACCUGCAACUUGUAACAAUUCAGAAUAAAUUACAAAUAAUUGAAAAAUUAUUACAAUCAGAAGCAAUCAAUAUCAAAAAUAUUGUUAUUAUAUGUAAAGCAAAUUGCAGCCAAAGGCUUUAACCAAACAAUAUUUGCGUUAAGCAACAAUAUUAGCAGUUAAAACAACAGAACAACUGCAACGACUGCAACAACUGCAACAGCUACAACUACAGAAACAAAAGCAACAAAACAGAUAUAAUAACAGUGACGAGAAAAAAUAUUAAAACCAACAAUAACAAUAGUUGCUCGCUAUUGUGGUAGCUGGUGAGGCCAAUAGCAGACUCCAGUGAUGUUAUAAUGAAAAGUAGUCAAUUUCGGCACCACCAACUACAAUUGCAAACAGCUACUGAACUACAACAACUACAGCAACAACAACAACUACCAGACCAUAAACAAAAAUUACAGGAAGAUACCCAACAACAACAUCAACAACAACAAUAUAAACAUCAGUAUCAACAUCAACAUCAGCCACAAAAACAACAACAAGAGCAACGACAGCAAACAUUUGUUCAAGCAGCACAAUCAAUAGAACAAUCACAGUUUGCAUCAGCUAUAUUAGCAACCAAAUCAACAACGGCAACAACACCAGAAGCUGUACAAAAUACAACAUUAUUGCAUCAACAACAUCACCAACAACAACAACAACAGAAACAUUUCCAGCAACAACAAACACUGACAGAAUUGCAUCAGUCAACUGUUGGCAACAUUGAACAUCAUCGUGCACGUCUUCAUCAUCAGCAUUUAACGCUUCCGCUGUCACAACAGCAGCAAUUGCACGCACAUCAGCAAUACUCAACACUGCAAACUCAAAAUAAAUUACAAUCGCAAUCCCAAUCCCAAUUGCAUUCGCAGACCCAAUCACAACAGCAAUCAAAGGUGCAAUCACAAUUGCAGACGCAUCUUCAACUCCAACAUCAGCUGCAUCAACCACAAAAAUCACCAGCCAUAAAAAACCAAAAUAACGCAGUAGCGGAACCAAUGGUCGUUAAAAAAAGUCAACAACCCGUUGUAACAACAGCAGUGCCCGUAUCCGCCAAUCAUAGUGUCAGUUUUGCGCAACAGCGCAACAACGGCAAACUGAACGUACCAAUGGCCACGACAUCAGUGGCCGCAAUGGCUGCUGCGGCAGCUGCAGCGGCAGUUGCGCACCAGGUUAAUCAUGUAGUUAACAAUGGUGGCGGAGGUGGUAGUGUGGGCGUCGGUGGAGCACCAGAUGCGCGUGCAAAGCAGGUGUUAAGAGAAGCCGUUGAUGCGGUUGUGAAUAGUUUCGCCAAGCACACACAAGGAUACGGAAGAGUCAAUGUGGUGGAAGCUUUACAAGAAUUUUGGCAAAUGAAACAAGCACGUGGUGCGGAUCUUAAAAACGGCGCACUGGUUAUAUAUGAAUCUGUUCCAUCAAAUAGUCAACCUUAUGUUUGUUACGUUACACUACCCGGUGGCAGCUGUUUUGGAAGUUUUCAAAACUGUCCCACAAAAGCUGAAGCACGUCGCAGUUCAGCAAAAAUAGCGCUCAUGAAUUCUGUAUUUAAUGAGCACCCCUCGCGACGGAUAAGUGAUGAAUUUAUCGAAAAAGCUGUACAAGAAGCCAGAGCAUCAUUUAAGGGAGAAUCUCAGGAAGGUGAUGGACCAGAUACUGGUAUUGGUGCAUUCAGAUUUAUGCUUGAAGCCAAUAAAGGACGCACAAUGCUCGAAUUUCAGGAGCUUAUGACUGUUUUUCAACUUCUUCAUUGGAAUGGUUCACUGAAGGCUAUGCGAGAGCGACAAUGUUCCAGACAAGAAGUAGUCGCUCAUUAUUCCAAUCGCAGCUUAGACGACGAUAUGCGCGCACAAAUGGCAUUAGAUUGGAUCGCACGCGAACAGGAAAAUCCCGGAGUUUUGGGCCGUGAACUAACACAGGCCGAAAGAGAAUUAGAGACUGCGCGCUUAGCUGGGCGUGAGUUACGAUUUCCCAAGGAAAAGAAGGAUAUCCUUAUGUUGGCACACAAUCAAAUCGGCGGUGGUGGUGGAGCAAUAAGCAGCUAAAGUCGAAAUCAAAGAACUACACGUGUUUGAAAUAUGAAAAUAAUUUCAAAUUCGAAAUAUGACGAUUUUGAUCUCGAUUUUUAUAAAAACAAUGAAAACAGCAAAUAUUUUUUUCUUAAGCUUAAGCGCUGCCAUCGAAACGACAAAAACAGACAAUAUAAUAUGCAUUAUUUUAAAUAGAAUUUUUAUUGAAUUUUUAUUUUUAUUUUUAUUUUUAUUUGAAAAUAAAAUGUUUUCUAAAAAAUUUUUAAAGUAAAUUUACGAAAUAAGCGAAACACGACGAGCUGCGAAACUCAAGUGAAUGUGAUUUUUAUUUAAAAAAAAUUAAAAUAAUUUUAAAAAUUAAGCGAGAUAAUAAUUUACAAUCUUUUUUUUAACUAGUUAGUCUAUAUGUACGAGUACGAGUAUAGUAAAUUUUUUAUAUAUGCUUUUAUAAAUAAAUUUUUAUAUAUUUAAAUAUUUUACUUUAUGCUUAGAAAUAUGCGAAAUUUGUAGAAAAAUUACGAAAUGAGCCUGCAAGAAUAAAAUUAAU